UUUGCCACAUAUAUAAACAGCAGGAACCCCUGAAUAAGCGUGGUCUAUCUUUUCCACAAACCUAUGCACCAACCGGUACUUUGUGUUAGAAGAUCCAAGAAAUCAAGAUGCGAUCUAUGCAGGCAUAACCUAGUUUGACGCAAAGGACAGUUAUAGACAAUGCCGACGGCAAUACUCGUCAAGAAAUUAAUUCGUAAUGGAAUUCAACAGCAGUUGAGAGUUGUUGUCGUAAGGGCUAUCUUUCAUACGCAUAUGUUGUAGGCAUCUGUGCAGCCCAGGCUGCCAAUGGCUACUAUUUACCAAGUCUUACCAGUGCUAUGGCAUCGGCUGACACAAAUAGUACAUGUACGACGCCGAUAUCGGGCAUUCGACCGUCGUUCCUGCACGAACAAACAUUGGCUGCCUUACAGUCGAGUGACGUAGAUGCGCACGUGCGUAACUUUGCACGCCAUUUGCGCUCGGCAGGUAUGGAGGAUCAAUGUCAGUUGCAGCAGCUACUGGAUGCAAUGGAUGAGCUAGCAACAGUUAACAUGAUGAGGUACUGCCAAAUUGUUCAGCGUCUCUCUGAAAAAAUUCUGCAGUACAGCACACAAUAUCUUGUGAGCCGUGGACCACAGUUUACAACAGAUGAUCUUAAGGUUGACAAUGUGCUUCGUAUAUUAUGGAUGUCUAGUUUAUACAAGCCCGUUUCACGAAGGCUCUGUUAUAUGGAUAAUGAAAUAUUUCCAGUACUAAACCAAAUUUGCUUGACUUGCUUAAAUUGUUUGCAAUUACAAAAGGACACGGAACCAACGACACCAGAGCUUGAUUCACCAACAAGUGAGAAUAGUUACAAUCGCACGCAGGCGAUCAUGGUGUCAGCCCUCGCCCUUCUACACAACGCGUUAGCGUUUACUACAGAUCCCCAGCACAUUGCUGUAUCUUGUCAUUCUGGGCUUGUUAACACCAUAACUAAACUAGUCACGGCAACAAAGAAUAUAUUUGUCGCAGAGAUCUGUUUAAAAAUCAUCGACUGUAUCGCAGAAAGUGGAAACAGUGUUGCUGUAACGUCACUAAAUGAUUGUCGCGUUAUGCGAGCUGCAAGUAGCAUCUGGACCUAUGUUGUCGCAGUUGAUCCAACAUUGAAAUCAGGAAUACAUAUUGCGGAACUCAUUGCGAGAAUAGGUGAAAAUCUUAGAAGAGCCAAAGGAUGUUAUAAACGUUUUUAUCCUGUCGGUUUUCCUGGGAAAAAGAGAGACCGACUGAUUUAUCGGAACCCUACCCUUAAAAUGGUACACUGGUGCUCAUGGAACGAUUGUGGGAGGGUUGAAGACAGGAACAAUCAUCUAAAGGUUUGUUCAAGAUGUAUGUUAUGUCGCUAUUGUGACGAAAAAUGUCAAAGAGCUCACUGGGAAAAUGGUCAUGAUCUGGAGUGUUUCAUUGUUAAAAAGCCGUCCUAUCAUUGAUGACUCUUUAAAGAAAUGGAUCCUUAUAAAGACAUUGCUAUACCCACCAAUAAACUAUUCCAGAUGGUAUGACGAACAUAAUUUUGAGUUUCACCAUUUGUAUACCACCAAUAUGCGUCUGGGAAAUUUGUCCUAUUAUAUAUGGUUAUACUACGAAAUGCAUUUCGUUGCUCAAUUAAUAUGGUAUUCAUCAUGAAGUGAUUUGUUUUGGCAUAUAAUGAUUUUGUAAAUGAAAAUCGCGUAACCCCACGAGAAUUAAUCUUAUAUUAAAGCUAUUACAUUGUGGCCUUACCUUGAGUUAGCUAACUUACACCUUUAAAUUAUU